AUGCCUCAUCAUGGACGUUGCGAGAAUGGUUACAAGGAGGAGCAGGACCUGUUGGUCCAGUCUGAUUUUAGAACCCUACAGAUAGCCCCGACGAUAACCCACCAGGCUCAGGCCAUCGUGGACGUGUUGAUGAUGUACAAUUGGACCUACAUCGCCAUAGUAGUCACGCCCACCCCCGGCUACGACGACUUCAUCAGCGCCGUGAAAACAUACGGAGACGAGAGGUUUAAAAAUCAUUUCAAGUACGGAGAGAAGGGAUAUAGGUCGGCUGUUACAGAUUGUCGAUUGAACCUGAACAUACUGGAUGUUGUAGUGCUGAGAAAUGUGAGUAAUAAAUCUCACCUGACUCGAGAUCUUCUCCGACUGAAAGAAGAGGACGCCAGAGUAAUACUGUUAUACUGCUAUGACGCCGACAGUCGCCCCAUCGUGGAAUUGGCCACACAGCUUGGGAUGACAGGUACGGAAUAUAUCUGGAUCCUCACAAUGAACUCUGUACCGAAGAACGCCGAGGGAAGUGUUGGACCCGCUUCCUUUCCUGUCGGGUUUCUUGGUGUGUGGUAUGAUUUUGCCAAGCGGGCGAUGGUCAGUACAAUUAUCGCGGGCUCUCUGAUCUGGAAGUCAUCUCUCAAAGCCUUGGCCUACUCCAACAGAGAAAUACCAGAUCUGCCGUCCUUGAACUGCAGUGACCACAACAUGGUCGCAUGGAAGAAUGCUGACAUCAUGUAUAGUUAUUUAAAGAACGUCUCCGCUCAUGGAUCCCCGGCCAUCGAGUUCAACGAACACGGAGAACUUCGGCAUCCGAAUAUCAAAAUCAUUAACCUGCAACCUGCGGACAAUUUUACUGGGACCGGCAAACGCUGGGUCGAGGUAGGUCAGUGGAAACGAGGUGGAAUUACCAUGAAGAAGAUAACUUGGCCAGGCAAUGCAAUUAGACCGCCUAAGGGAAAGCCACGAAGACAUUUCCUGCGCAUAGCCACACUGAAGGAAGAGCCGUACGUAAUCUACCGAGAGCUUUCUGCAUCCGGGCAAUGCGACAUCCACAGCGUACCCUGCACCGUGUAUCAACGAGCUGAGAACGAGUGUCCGCUGAGUAACCAAACGAUUCCAAAGUGUUGCACGGGACUGAGUAUCGACCUCCUGAUAACCCUGAGUCACAAGCUCGAGUUUGAUUUUGACCUGUCGGAGGUCGAAGACGGAUUGUGGGGUGCAGAGAAUGGUCAGUGGAACGGACUUAUUAGAGUGUUGACUGACAGGAAGGCUGACAUGGUGGUGACGUCACUCAAGAUCAACCCAGCCAGGAGCGCCGCCGUCGAUUUCUCCGUGCCAUAUCUGGAGACUGGCAUCACCAUCAUUGUGGCUAUACGCGAGGGCGCGAUAUCGGCCACCGCCUUCCUAGAGCCGUAUGAUUACCCGUCCUGGUGCCUUAUACUUGUUGUCAGUGUCCACGUGUCCGGAACAUGCAUCUUCCUCUUUGAAUGGUUAAGUCCGAGUGGUCUCAACCGUGGACGAAGGAGCAUAGAAGAGCACCAGUUCUCACUGUUUCGCUCCUUCUGGAUGAUCUGGGCCUUGUUGCUAGGAGCCGCUGUUUCCAUAGACACGCCCCGAGGUAUCGCCAGUCGGUUUCUUGGCAACGUGUGGGCGCUGUUCGCUCUCGUCUUCCUCGCCAGCUACACCGCCAACCUCGCCGCCUUCAUGAUCACCAAGGAGGAGUACUACGACCUCAAAGGAAUACACGACAUUCGGCUUCAGAACCCCCAGUCCAUGAAGCCGGCGUUUAGGUUCGGCACUGUCCCGGAGGGCAGCACUGAGGCCAACAUCAAGAGGAACAACGUCGACAUGCACCGCUACAUGAAGUCGUUCACCCAGCCGUCGCCAGAGGAGGGGAUCAAGCGCAUCAAGUCACAACAACUUGACGCGUUUAUUUAUGACGCCACUGUGCUCGAGUACCAGGCGGGGAAAGACAAGGACUGCAAGCUCAUCACUGUCGGGAACUGGGCAGCUAGAACAGGAUAUGGCGUCGCGUUUCCUAUGGAAUCCAAGUGGAAGAAUAAAAUUGACGGCGUCAUCCUUGAUCUGUUGAGAAAUGGAGAGAUGGAGCGAUUACAAAGAUUCUGGCUGUCUGGAGCCUGUCACAACACGAAGAAGAAAAGCACCAGUCGGUUUGGUAAAGGUGUCCGAAGUGGCACACUCGGGAUCCGAAACUUCACGAGUGCUUUCAUUUUCCUGGCCAUCGGGAUCUUGCUAGGUGUUAUAUUGGUGGCGCUGGAACACUUCUGUUUCCACGUGGGACGGAGACACCUCAGACAUAUGGAUAAAUGUGGAUGCUGCUCGUUUGUUAGUUUGAAUAUUAGUAAGACGCUAUCCUUGCGGUACACUGCAGAGUCGUUAAUGAAACACGGCCAAUGUGGCAACAAAAGAUGUAUGUCAUUCAACCGGAAAUUGCGACAAGAUCUCGAGAAUGCUGCGCAUACGAUAGCAGAUCUUCGAAAAGAAAUCACAAAAUUAAAAGCUGCAGAGACACACGCAAAUCAACUGGAUAAAGAAAAGAAACAUGGACCUAGAAGGACAAACGUUAUUCACUAUGCGAGCAAUGUAAACGGACCUAUAUUUCGUUCUGGAAGUGACACCAACGGAGAGAUCAAAUAUAUAGCUCCGUCAACAGAAGUGGCGAACAUCUGUGCUUCUUCUCGUUACGGAAUUAGCGAGACUGAUAAGUGUGUGUUGGAACAGACGCGUUCACUGAUGAAUAUUCUGUAUGAAAAGGAAAGUGUUCUUUAA